GAGGCGAGAGGUUGUGUAUACGUGUUAGUAUCACCAUGGCAUAGGCAAACGUACGUGGGUAUGACGGAGAGGGACCUGAUGAGAUGCUGGGGAGAGCAUUUGAAUUGUAUUAAGAAGGGAGGAACGAAACGGGGAAGGAUUAUGUACAAUUGGUUGGGGAAAGUAGGUUUUGAAAAGUACGUGGCGAUACCCGUGUAUUUCUGUAGGGAUAGGGCCGAAUUGGAAGUUGUAGAAAGAACUCUGAUUAGGACAUGGUCGCCGUCCCUGAACACGAGGGGCGCGAAGAAGAAGACAAGGAAGCGACGAAGGAAAGGGAAAAAGGAGAGACGAGGACAAUGGGUAAGAAAGGUUGGGACCAUGGGAAACAACAUUGGACAGGAAGGGAAGAUAUUGGAGUUGCGGACAUUCAGCGGCUCGCCUGCCGUGCGGAUAGUGGAUUUUUUGAGGAAUAUGGUUAAGCAGUCGCAUGGUACUGGAGUUGAGGUGUUGAGCAACGGAGGGAAGACAUGGUCAGACGGUUGGCGCGUAGUACGUAGGCUUUUUGGCGGGACAUGCAUAGUCGUGGGAAGAAAAACGAGACCAUUAAGGAAGUGUAAGAGGCUGUUGGAAACCGAGGGGCGAUUGGUGAUGCGGGAUGUGGUGGAAGCAUUACCGAGGACAUUGAAAAUGAAGCAGGACCUGAUCGGCAUGUUCAAGAAUAAAAGGAAGCGGAAAAGGUUAUUUGAGAAGACGGUGGAUGAGUUGGUGAGUUAUUAUGGCGCUGCGAAACUGUUUUCGGAGAAGGGAAGCAGAACUAGGGCACGAAGAAUGUUAUCUGACGUGUUUAGGAGGAAGUUUGGAAUGAAUGUUAGGAGACGGAUCAUAGUGAAGGUCGAGUAUGAUGAUAGGGUAAGGAAGAGCGAGGUGGUGCGAUUAGUACGGAGUGGCGUGGGGAGACUACAAUUGACUCGGUCUGUGGUGGGAAUGGUACGAAGACGCGCCCGCGUUGUAUGGACAAGGAGCCAGAACGUGGGUGAGAUCCUCCAUAAUCACCGUCGCUACGCGGCGGAUGGGGUCUUUGGGUGCACUUGCAUCGAUAUGUCCUUCCCUCGAUUGGGAGGGCACGUCCAUUUCCGCCUGGGAGAGUUGACUGAGUGCCCUGACAUUGCCCGGAAUGCUAAGAAUGUGCCGAGGGAUGGUGGUAACGGUGUGUUGACCAGAUUGGCGAAAGAGUUGUCAAAUGCGGUGGAUGACGUGAGUUGGUUAGGGAAGGAUGUCGGAAAGAUCAGUUUCUCGCUGGAGGAAGUCGGGCGCUGUGUAGGAAGAUCCGGAGCGGACACCUCUGGUGAUCUGACGACAGUUAGACAACUAGCAGCGAGACUGGAUGGACUGGUGCGGACUCCCCUGGAUAGGAAUCCAGGGGAUAAACUUGUGAUGUGUCCGUUUGUAUAUGGGGAAGCGAUGAAGGCAACUUUCGUGGAAAAUGAUGGUUACGAGGUUUGUGAGAGGAAGGAGGGGGUAAUUCUCAGUGAAAUCCGAGGGGAAUUUUGAAAACGGAAAUUUCACCGGCUGGGUAAAUGGGAUGCCGAGGGGAGAUUCGAGAAUGCUGCCUUGCCUAAGCAUAAGGAUACGGCAAAGUAUAGGCCGAUCUGUCCAACGUACAGCGAACCUAGCAACGGUGUGUGUAGGAAGAUAGCGCUUGUGGUCAACGGGAUGCUAUUUGCGCUGCCAGAAAGUGGACACUUCAAUCUGAAAUCGAUCUGUGGACUGCGACCUCGUCUGACAAUGAGCAAUCGGAGGAUGAGAAGAGUAGGGAAGUACACAGGCGUGCUCGUGGGCUCUUACUAUAUUAAGGAUAUGUUUAGUAAAUUGCCUCACGAUGC